UUGCCCCGGAAACCCUGUCGCCUUGCGUGUGUGCGAGUGAGGGAGGCUGGUGGCCGCCAUUUCAGGGAGUCACAGGACUUGGCCAUUACACGGCCCUGUAACACUUCCCGCCCUGAAACUCCCCUUUUCCUCUCUGUCUGUCUCCAUUCCCUGCCUCCUCCGACCGGCCGCUCUCACUCCGCUCAGUAACGAAGCCUGCCUUGUUCUCUUUGUAGAUAAUCCGCCCCAAUUGUUCUUUUUCUCUCUAACCAAGCCCGGGUCUUCUACGCCGACGGACAGCGAAGCCCCCUACCCAGGCCUUGCGGGGGACCCCUGAACGACCAAAAAAUGGCUGAUGACAUUGACAUAGAAGCGAUGCUGGAAGCUCCUUACCAAAAGACUUGCCUAACGAUAUAUCACCUCUACUCCCAUGAAUUCACCUUUGAUUCCAGUGUGAACUGUCAAUCAUAAGGUAGUAAUUGAGUGACGUAUCGCUGUACCGUGGUCCCCUAGGUAAAAAGACUUGCCAAUGAACUGCCGAGCUCCGGUUUGGCAUAGCAACAAGGUGAAUGCAGUGGUUUUUGGGAUAAAUGGGGCUCCAAGAAUAUCCACUUUCACCACUCCUCAGCAGAUUCCAGUUGGCUCAUCUUAUUCAUCGUAAACGAUGAGGAUAUAUUUUCUUUUUUUUCCAGUAAUAUGAGAAAUAAAGGCCUCAUACUAGAACAUAAAGCAUUCAGCCUUUGUUUAAAAAUUUGUAAUCGUCCUUGCAACAAGGAUAAUCCACUGCAGUAACCUGUGAUGGCUUCUGUGCUGUCAGGAGCUAGAAGUGCAGCUCAGCUUUUAAAUGCAAAUGUCACAGGUAUAUAGUGUAAAUGCUUUUACUGCUGCAGCGCUCCUCUUUAGGAGUCGGAAAAUAUGUCCCUUUUAAGCCCUUUCACCACACCGGGGGAUUUGUCUUUUUGCAUGCAGUAGCACAGGAAAGCCUAGAAUAGUCUAACUGGUCUUUUUAAAGACUGGACAUCCCCGUGUGGGAUUCCCCCCCCCCCCCCAUCGUUUGGACUAGCCCAGACCUUUAUAGUCAUAUAUAAUGCUUUCGUAGCUACAUGAGCCCUUACUUAAGAUGGAUACUUCCAUAUACAGGUAUGGCAUUAGGGAAAUGUAUAGGCUGGACAGGUACAUAUUUGCUGACAUUUCUUGGGAGUCGACGUUACUAAAGCAGUGUGAAUCCCUGUUUGCUUCAGGGCGAGAUGUGUGACAGAGGUGGCAUCAAGCUCUUACAGUCCCAACCCUCCAACGAAAAUGGGCGAAGAUCACAGGAAUGGCAUCGGUCACAGGAAAUGGAUAGUGGCUGGCUGCUAGCACGGCCUCUUGGGCCUUAGUCAAACAGUAGCCUUGGUACUGAUGAUAGGGAACACUGCACCAGUUCAAAGUUCAAACCAAUGCAAUAUUUUUUGUUCUUUUACAUGUAGUUAAAACCGUAGCAUUUUACCACUCAACGCUACAGGCGUAGGUUGGCUUUAGACCAAGCCAGAACUACACAAAUUGUAACGUAUAUAUAAACUUAAAUAACUCGUACAAUUUAAUUUCUUAAGAUGACUUUUACAUUAAAGUUUUUUUUUAUUCACUUGUGUGAAUAUUUAAAUAUUUUGUAGCUUUCCACAUACGUUUCCAAUAUUUACUUAGCCAUUAAAUUUUCUUUUGUACUCUCUCAUUCCAAUUCCCUUUACCUUUAUGACCACUUGAAAUAUUUCCACCUCGCCCUCAUGAUGUUCUUCUAUCAACCUUGCUUAGGAUGAGAACAAGUUGAGCAGUGCCAACGGACAUGAAGAACGCAGCAAGAAGUAAAAAAAAAAGUAAAAGUAGGAGCCGCAGUCGUGAGAAGAAACGCAGCAGGAGUAAGGAACGUAAACGCAGCAAAGAUCGGGAAAGAAAGAGAAGUAAAAGCCGUGAAAAGAAACGCAGCCGAAGCAGAGAACGGCGAAAAAGCCGUUCUAGAAGCAGAGAACGCAGGUUCAGAGGUCGCUACAGAAGCCCUUAUUCUGGACCAAAGUUUGGUGGUGGCUCUAUGCGUGGCAAGAUGGGAGGAAUACCUCAUGGUGUGAAAUUAAGAAGGAGGUCAAAGAGCAAAAGUCCUCAAAAGAGAGAGAAAAGCCCUGUAAGCUCUCUUCAAUCCAGGGGUCCUAUAGAUAAUCUGUCUCCUGAGGAAAGAGAUGCACGCACUGUGUUCUGUAUGCAGCUGGCUGCUAGGAUCCGUCCCAGAGAUUUGGAAGAAUUCUUCUCGACAGUAGGCAAAGUCCGUGAUGUGCGAAUGAUUUCAGACAGAAAUUCUAGGCGCUCCAAAGGCAUUGCUUAUGUGGAAUUUGUGGAUCAGAGCUCUGUGCCUCUUGCAAUUGGACUUACAGGCCAGAAAGUGUUGGGAGUCCCAAUAAUUGUCCAGGCUUCACAGGCAGAAAAAAACAGAGCAGCCGCAAUGGCCAAUAAUCUCCAGAAAGGCACUGCUGGGCCUAUGCGUCUGUACGUAGGAUCAUUACACUUUAACAUAACCGAAGACAUGCUACGCGGCAUAUUUGAGCCAUUUGGCAGGAUUGAAAGUAUCCAACUCAUGAUGGACAGUGAGACUGGUCGCUCCAAAGGAUAUGGAUUCAUUACCUUUUCAGAUUCUGAAUGUGCCAAAAAAGCUUUGGAGCAGUUGAAUGGCUUUGAACUGGCUGGGCGGCCAAUGAAAGUUGGGCAUGUCACGGAGCGAACCGAUGCAUCCAAUGCAAGCUCAUUUCUUGACAGCGAUGAGCUGGAAAGGACAGGAAUUGACCUUGGAACUACUGGUCGCCUUCAGCUAAUGGCUAGGCUUGCAGAGGGCACCGGCUUGCAGAUCCCUCCGGCAGCACAGCAAGCGCUACAGAUGAGUGGCUCUUUAGCUUUUGGCGCAGUUGCAGAUCUCCAAACUAGAAUUUCCCAGCAGAGUGAAGCACUGGCUGCGGCUGCUGCAUCUGCGGCUACCAUUUCUCUGGCGGCGGCAUCAUCUACUCUACCUAUUCCUGCGACUACUCAGCCAAUUGCUACGCAGUGCUUCCAGCUUUCCAACAUGUUUAACCCCCAAACAGAGGAUGAGCUGGGUUGGGACUCGGAAAUUAAAGAGGAUGUCAUCGAAGAAUGCAAUAAACAUGGCGGAGUAGUUCAUAUUUACGUAGACAAAAAUUCACCUCAGGGCAAUGUCUAUGUCAAAUGUCCAACCAUCGCAUCUGCUAUUGCUGCUGUUAAUGCUCUGCAUGGGAGGUGGUUUGCUGGUAAGAUGAUCACCGCUGCUUAUGUACCUCUCCCAACGUACCACAGCCUCUUCCCUGAUUCCAUGACCUCAACUCAGCUUCUGUUUCCAUCUCGCCGAUGAAUGGGCAGAAAUACCAUUUUGUAUAUAUACUUUUUUUUUUAUUUGAGAGAAUGGUUUUUUGUUUUUUGUUUUUGUUUUUUUUUUUUAGAUGGAGGUACAGAGAGAAUGUCCUUGGUGUAUACUUCUAAGACAGUGACAUAAGAGUGAAUGCCUGUACCAGCUAAUUUGCUUUUAAACCCAUCCGUUGCCUACGCUGCCUCGCUGUCCCUGUAGAAUAGACACUGACCCGGCAGCUUGAGAAAGGGCAGAUAGAAAAAGAUCUUUUUUUUUUUUCCACUUCAGGUCCAGCAAAUGGGAAAUGUUCAGCAAGAGCAUUUCAGUCUUUAACUCCUGUUAGAUGGCUUCGAAUGUUUGAUUUUACGGUAAUCCUUGUACAUGAAUUUUGUCCAUGAAACCUUUUAAUUGGUGAUCUCAGUCGGAAGCUCAGUAGUUAGAUUUCUGUACCUGAUCUUUCUUUUGUACAUAGUGUCACGGUGUUUCAGUACCACACAAAAUCUCCGCUGUGUUUCCAGGCAAAAGAGGUGGACAAAACGCAGUAGAUUAAACCAAGGCUGCCAGGGAAUACAAGGGAUAUUUUGGCUGGCCGCAUAUAAUCUUUUGCUCUUUAAGCUCUGUGAGCUCUGAAAUAUAUUCAUUUUUUUUUUGUUAAUUUGGUGUGUUUGACAAGACAGCUUGAUAUUUCUAUGAAACUUUCAUAUUUCAACAAUCUUUGUAAAGAAGCUCUCUAAAAUAAAGAUCUUUAGAAAAAA